CCUGAACAUCCUAGCGCGAUUUAUUGACCUUCGGUCUUGCGAAAUAUUUACCACCUACGUUCUUUCUUCCAUCUCUUCCUCCCCUUCUUCCCCCCAAACUAAUCCUCCUCGUGUGCGCAUAUUAUACCUUCUCGUCUUCACUUCAUCCGUCACUCCUUCGACUUCCUUGAAUGACUUCGCAUUGUUCUUAGACGUCCCUUUUCCGCGUCUUUGCCCCUUUCCCACAUAUCACCGAGUGGCUCAUCAUAACCUUGACCUGUCAACGCCCCAACAUGUCAAAGCCUGACUGGAUCCGUUACGGCGUACCGACGCUCGACAGGCCGUUUGGACUUGAAUUAUGGCCUAUCUUCGAGAAGGCAUUCGAAUCAGUGAAGGGUUAUAAACCCCAAGACUUCCGCUUCACCCCGGGCGAAACUCCCAUCUCGACCUUUUCAGUUACUGCCACAAUCUUGGUAUCAUACUAUAUUAUAAUCUUUGGUGGACGUGAGGUUAUGCGCAACAGACCUGCGUACAAACUUAAUGGCUUGUUCAAGAUCCACAACUUCUACCUGACCGCCAUCAGCGGCGCGCUACUUGCCCUCUUUGCAGAGCAAUUGAUCCCAACUGUGUGGAGACAUGGCGUUUUCUAUGCUAUUUGCGAUCACUCUGGAGGUUGGACUGAUAAAUUGGUUAUUCUCUACUACCUAAAUUACCUCACCAAAUUCGUUGAGCUGAUCGACACUUGCUUCCUAUUCCUUAAAAAGAAGCCACUCACGUUUCUGCAUACCUAUCACCACGGUGCCACGGCUCUCCUCUGCUACACCCAGCUCAUCGGACAUACCUCUGUUUCGUGGGUUCCCAUCACCCUCAAUCUCAUGGUGCAUGUCGUUAUGUACUGGUACUACUUCCAGAGCGCUCGUGGGAUUCGCAUAUGGUGGAAGAAGUAUAUCACAAUCAUGCAAAUUACCCAAUUCGUACUUGAUCUAGGCUUCGUCUACUUUGCAUCUUACACCUACUUCAGCUCCACGUACUGGCCAAACAUGCCCAGCUACGGCAAAUGCGCCGGCGAGGAAUUUGCUGCUAUCGCGGGUAUUUGCAUCCUUACUUCGUACCUCGUUCUGUUCAUUGGGUUCUAUAUUGCGACAUACAAGAAGCCACUUCCCAAGGGUCGCCCACGUGCUACCAGUGCACUUAUCGAAAUGGCCGAUGAGAAGAUUCCUACUAUCCAAGAAACUCGCAGACGUCUUUCGAGCGCUGGAAACAUGCCAUAUGCGUCGGGUGCUCAAGCCAACGGUCGCGUCACCCGAUCACGUAAGGCCUAGGCUCAGCAGUGCGGAUAUCGUGGAAACAUUUUGCAGCUGUUCUUGACUCGGGCCCUGAAGCAUACGUUCUGUGCCAAGGAUGUCAGAACAAACGACCCCAUCGCAUGUUGGAAGGGCUUAUUUAAGGCCUCAGAUCUCCAAUUUCUUGUUUUGAAUUAGGGUAAAUAAGCAUAAAUGGGAGGUUACGAACGGGU